AUGUCACGCACCACCACACUUCGAAAAUAUGGCAAAUCCGAGAGGAAGACGAGGGCUGAGCAGUUGUUUGAGGCAUUACCAACAAGCCCGCCCACGACGAGAAAGGCCAAGGUGGAAGUCGAAUCACAUGAGGUCUCUCGGAUCACAAAACAGCUGGUAUCGGUGACACUCGACGAGAAAGUGGUAAUUCAAGACAAGGAGGAGAUCCCUUCAACAACACCAACCCCACCGUCAUCACCACCACCACCACCACCCCCCGAACAGCAGCCAUCAACACCCAAGCAACCACAAUCUCCUCCCCCAAGACGAAGAAUAGCACCAACCCCCGUACCAAAAGACGAACCAGUCCCCGGCCGUCUACCACAAAAACCAUCACAACCCUACUCAGAAGAAGAAGACUCAACCUUCCACUCCGACACCUCCUCCACCUCAUCAACCCUCCGCACCCUCACCUGGUCCGAAAUCUGCCCCCCCUCCAACACCAUCGAGAAAAUCGCCGAGGCCUCCUACGCAGAAGUCUACCGCAUAACCAACACCCUCGGCACCUCCAUCAUCAAAGUCAUCCGCCUCGACUCCCCCAUCAAACCCCAAACCAAAGCCCAGUCCCGCUCGGGUCUGGUAGACGAAGAACCCCACACCGACGAGGACAUGCUCGGCGAGCUCCAGAUAUCCGAAUGGCUAGCCGACAUCCCCGGGUUUGUAAUCUACAAAGAACGCUACAUCGCCCAGGGCAAAGCCCCCAGAUCACUCCUCGAAACCCACCAAGCCUUUUAUCGUCGGGAGAAGAGAAAAGAUCCCGACCGGCUGCAGUGGUACCCCUCCCCAAGCAGGUACCUCGACGAAACCAGAUUCCUCGUCGUCGAGCUAGGUGAUGCGGGCACGGCGCUGGAGGAUUUUGAGAUUACGACUUCAGAACAGCUAUGGGAUAUUUUUCUUCACACUGCGAUUGCGCUUGCCAGAGCAGAAGAUUUGAUUGAGUUUGAGCAUAGGGAUCUUCACGAGGGGAAUUUAUGUGUCAGGCAGGCCCGUCCCCCUCUGUCGCCAGGGUCAGGGUAUAGAUUCAACAACUCUGGCUUAGAGGUCACGAUACUGGAUUACGGCCUCUCGCGGGCUUCGGAUCCGGACCGUCCGGGGGGGAAAGUGUUUAUGGAUUUGGAAAAGGACUUGAGCAUUUUCACGAGCGAGCACGCGCCGCAGUGUGAGGUUUAUAGGGGGAUGAGGAGUUUUUUGCUGAGGGGGGAUAGGGGUAUUUUGGGGCCCAAGUAUCAUACUACGGCUUAUGAGUUGCCGGCGGGAGCGGUGAAGAGGAGGAAGGGGAGUAAGAGGAGGGUUGAUUGGGGGGGGUAUUAUCCUUAUACUAAUGUGCUGUGGUUGGAUUAUAUCUAUGGGUGGAUGGUGGAGAAUUUUAGGGGGGAGGCAAAAGUGCUGAGGGGGUGGGAGGAGGAGACGAGGGAGUUGAGGGUUCAUCUUGAUCCUGGGCAGCCGAGGGAGGUGAUGAGCUUUGGGGGGGCGGGGGAGGUGGUGAGGUUUGCUGUGGAGGCGGGGUGGGUUGGGGAGGGGCAGCUGAUGGAUGGGGGGGGGAGUUAUUUGAGUGGUGCUGGGGCGGGUGAUGGUGGUGAGGACAAGAAGGAAGAGAGUGAGAGUGAGGAGAGUGAAAGGGGGAGCAGGGGUGAGGAGGAGGAGGAGGAGGAGGAGCAGGAGAGGCUGUCAAAGAGGUCGGUGAGGCCUUGUAGACGACGACAAGCUUGA